AUGGCUCAGCAGUGUGAAAGGAGUCAGAGUGCAGAGAAACACUCCGAAUAUACUCAAUGUGGUAAAGCCUUUGCUUUCCAUGCUCACAGUCAUACCCAGAGGCAUGAAAGGAUUCAUACAGAAAAGAUCCCCUCUGAAGUUAUUCACUUUGUUGAAGACUUUUUACCUUACACAAGUCUCCAAGUACAUAAAAGAACACAAACUGGACAGAAACCCUAUAAAUGUAAACAAUGUGGUAAAGGAUUUGCAGAGCCCAGUCAUCUUAAAAGACAUGAAAGAAUUCAUACUGGAGAGAAACCCUUCAAAUGUAGUCAAUGUGAUAAAGCCUUUUCACAACACAGUAAUCUCCACAUUCAUAGAAGAACACAUACUGGAGAGAAACCCUACAAAUGUAAUGAAUGUGAUAAAGCUUUUUCACAACACAUUCACCUCCAAAAUCAUAGAAGAACACAUACUGGAGAGAAGCCUUACAAAUGUAAUCAAUGUGACAAAGCCUUUUCUGAGAAAUGUAAUCUCCAAGCACAUAUAAGGAUACAUACUGGAGAAAAACCCUACAAAUGUAAUCAAUGUGAUAAAGCCUUUUCCCAAUACAGUAAUCUCCACAUUCAUAGAAGAACACAUACUGGAGCCUUACAAAUGUAAUCAAUGUGACAGAGCCCUUUCUGAGAAACAUCGUCUCCAAACACAUAUAAGAAUUCAUACUGGAGAGAAACCCUUCAAAUGUAAUGAAUGUGAUACAGGCUUCUCCCAAUAGGUACUCUCUACAUUCAUAGAAGAACACAUACCAGAGAGAAACCCUACAAAUGUAAUGAAUGCGAUAAAGCCUUUUCACAACACAGUUAUCUUCAAAUUCAUAGAAGAAUACAUACAGGAGAUAAACCCUACAAAUAUAAUGAAUGUGAUAAAGCCUUCUCUGGGAAACAUAGUCUCCAAACACAUAUAAGAAUACAUACUGGAGAAAAACGCUUUAAAUGUAAUGAAUGUGAUAAAUGCUUUUCCAAAUACGGUCAUCUCCAAACUCAUAGAAGAACACAUACCUGAGAUGAAC